AUGCAAUUCACCAAAGUUAUCGCUUCAUUAGCCUUAGUUGCUUCCAUCAACGCUAAAUUCCACAACACCACUGGUGCUGCUGCUGGUAACGGUACCGUUGCCGGUGGUUCCAACUCUACUGGUGGUGCUGGUUCCCAUAACGGUACUGGUGCUUCUAACGGUUCUUCCAGUAAAUCUUCUGGUUCCGGUGCUGCUGUCAACUCCGUCACUGGUUUGGCUGCUUUAGCUGCUGUUGGUGCUGCUUUAUUGUACUAG